AUGUCUGGACACUGGUCGAUAGGCGUGUGCGCCUUGGCUCUCCUUCUCCUGAGCAGCCUGUCUCCUGCAAGUGCCGCAGCCGUCCACCACCAGAACGCCCCCUCGGCUCACACUGUGAAUGGGACUUAUACUGGUCUCAGUCUCGAGUCCUUUAACCAAGAGGCCUUUUAUGGCAUACCCUUUGCAAUACCUCCAUUAGGAGAUCUAAGGCUGCGCUACCCAGUGCCGUACAACCAGUCAUGGAGGGGCUCCCGUAAUGCCACUGUUCGAUCCGACUCGUGCCCCGGCUUCGACAAACCCUUUGCCCAGGGCUUCGCCGACGGCCUCACAAUGAGCGAGAACUGCCUCACCCUUGACAUAGUAAGGCCUGCCAAUGUCAAGCCAGGAGACAACCUCCCCGUCUUCUUCUGGAUAUACGGCGGUGGUUUCAAGGCAGGCGGGUCAGCCGACCCGCGCUACAACACGUCCUUCAUGGUGCGCAACUCGAUGGAGAUGAAGAAGCCCAUCAUUGCCGUUGUGCCCAACUAUCGCACAGGGGCUUUUGGCCUGCUAGCCUCCAAAGAGGUCGCGGCAGCGGGCGUAGGCAACAUUGCCCUCUUCGACCAGCGGCUGGCAAUGGAGUGGGUGUCUGAGAACAUCCGCGCGUUCGGCGGUGAUCCCACCAAGGUCACUAUUGCUGGUGAGAGCGCGGGAGGCUCCUCGGCUGGAUACCAUCUGGUGGCUUUUGGGGGGAAGAAUAAUGGCCUCUUCAGGAGUGCCAUUUUGGAAAGCUCGAGCUUGCUUGGUGCUACGAGUGAGUCUUGGUGGUACGACAACAUCACGACAACGGUCGGCUGCAACACCGCCGCAGACUCCCUGGCCUGCCUCCGCACCGUUCCUUACCUCAAGUUCUUUAACGCCAUCAACGGCUUCCAGUUCAAGCCGUACAUUGACGGGAGAUUUGUAACGCAACCUCCAUCAAUCUCCAUCGCAAAAGGUCAGAUUGCGGAUGUCGCCCUCAUUAUGGGAUCCAAUACGGACGAGGGCACAGCCGAAUUCUUCACACCUAGAGGAACCCUCAAUAACGAUAGCGACAUUGCGUCUCUCGUGGCUCAUCUCGCCAAUGGCCUCAGUGACGAGAUUGUCUCCAACGUCCUCCGCCUCUAUCCCGAUGAUCCCAUCCAGGGCUGUCCCUUUGGCACCGGCCCCGAGCGUUUCGCAGACCAGGGCGUCCAGUACAAGCGCGGCGCUGCAAUCACUGGCGAUCUGAACAUCCACGCCGGUCGUCGUGCCUAUGCCGUGAGCCAUAGCCAGCGCAGCAAGCACCCGAUUUACACGUACCGCUUCGACCAGGCGCCGUGGGACAUGAAAGAGGUCGACGUCACCACCACCGCGCCUGUGUUUGUCACGCACUACAGUGAGAUUGUCCAUGUAUUCGACAAUCCGGAUAAGAAUGUCAACUGGAUUGGGCCGUAUCCGAUUCUGUCGGAGUUGGCCAACUACGUGUCCCGCUCUUGGGUGUCGUUCAUUCACGACCAGACCCCGAAUAAUCACGGUCUUCAGAAUAAGCCGGUCUGGCCAAGAUAUGAUGCCUCAAAGCCGCAAAAUAUCGUCUUCAGGGCUGGUGCUAGCUGGAUCGAAAAGGAUGACUGGCGAAAGGAGCAGUUGGCAUACUGGAGCACCAUCUGGUCGGAGGUGAUGACAUAG